CUGACAUUAAAACUUAUGAUGAUGGCACAAUUCUCGUUCAUAUUAUACGAAAUGAAUCAACACCAUCAGUCAAUUGUUCAAAAAUUGGUGGAAUGAGUUUAGAACAGAAAUUACGAAUAAGGCUUAUUUUUUUAAAUGGAACUGUUAAAGAGAUUGAUCCAAAAUUAAAAUUAGAUCCUAUAAAUUCUAUAAAUUAUUUAAAUCCUAUUACAAUAUAUCCUUUACAAAAACCAUACAUUCUAGUAACUUAUGUUAACACAAAUGAUUCUUCUAAUCUUACAUCUUACGAAGAGUGCGGGGAAGUUAUCGAUUGGGAUGGAAUCAGUCGAAGUACAAUUCAGUUGAACGCAAACAGGAAAUUUGGAUUUAUUAGAUUUGUUCAAGAGUCAUAUGAUGUUUGGGGGAGCUAUGCACAAUAUUCAAUUGAUGAUAAUGGAAAUUUGACAAAUUUAACAGGUUAUGCAUAUUUAAACCCAAUCGUGUCAGAUCAUUCUAUGAAGUUGUCUUUAAUGUCGAUUGUUUCCACCUUUGAUAGUGGUUAUUUAGCAAUUCUUAACUAUACGCAAGAUUCAAUUGGUGGACUUUGCACGAAGUUUAUAUCUUACAAUCAAACGAUAAAUAAUGUUGAACCUCCGGUUAUUAUCUAUCAAAUAACACAACCCAAUACGAUAAUUAUUUCAGUUGAUUGUGAUAAACCUACUCGGUAUAUUCGUUGCAUAGCCUCUAUUAGAAACAAUAAUACAACGAAAUAUGUAGUUAUUACCCUUUAUUCAUCAGGAAAAAUAUUCAGAUCUGAUAUAAUCGAUUUGUCUCAGCAAGAUUUUAGAGCAAAAAUAAUGACAUUCAACGAUGAUUAUAUAUUAGGA